AUGGGCAAUAAAACACCAAAAGUUUCAAUUUUCUUUCUCUUGAAUUUUCUUGCAUUGGUUUUUAGAACCAAUGCAGGAGGAGACACAGUGAUUUACUGGGGCCAGGACGAGAGAGAGGGCUCAUUAACCGAAACAUGCAAAUCUGGACUGUACAAAAUUGUGAACAUAGCGUUUCUUGCAAGAUUUGGCAGUGGGCGGGAACCCCAAAUCAACCUUGCAGGUCACUGCGAACCUGCAUCAAACGGUUGCAAAAUUUUGAGCACAGAGAUAAAGAAUUGCCAGAAGAGAGGCAUCAAGGUGAUCCUCUCAAUCGGAGGUGGUGAACCAGGGUACUCCUUGUCAUCCGCCGGAGAUGCUACAAACGUGGCAGAUUUCAUAUGGAACAACUUCUUGGGAGGGAAAUCUAGGACAAGACCAUUAGGUGAUGCAGUAUUGGAUGGUGUAGAUUUCGACAUUGAAGUUGGUGGUGGUGAAGCCUUCUACGCUGUGCUUGCAAGGAGACUCUCUCGGCACAGCAGAGGGGGCAGAAAAGUGUACUUAACAGCAGCACCGCAGUGUCCUUUCCCUGAUGAACACCAGAAUGGAGCACUGUCAACUGGGCUAUUUGACUUUGUUUGGGUUCAGUUUUACAACAACGAACAGUGUCAGUUUGACUCUGGUGACCCCAGCAAGUUUCAGAAUUCAUGGAAGCAGUGGGUCUCGUCCAUUAAGGCUAGGAAAAUUUAUUUGGGUCUUCCUGCAUCUCCAUCGGCAGCUGGUAGCGGUUUUGUACCAGCACAAACUGUGAUAAGGGAAGUGUUGCCUUUUAUCAAAAGAUCGCGCAAGUAUGGUGGGGUAAUGCUUUGGGAUAGGUCUGCUGAUAAGCAAACCGGAUUUUCCAGAACCAUCAAGGGCAGUGUUUGAGGUUUGAACAAAACCAACUUUCAACUUUAGGUCCUUCACUUGUGUUGAAUUCUGUUUCCUUGUAAAAGUAAUGAAAAGAUAUCCAAAUAAAAGAGGUAGAAGGUGUUGAUCAUGCUUGAAAAAGCUCAUUCAGUUUGAAACCAUGCACGUAAUGUUGCUAGUCUGUAAAAUUGUGUUGAUUCAAUUUCAUUGUAGAAAAGUUCCAU